GUAGAAAUAAAAGCUAGCGGCUAAGCGUAGUCUAUUUAUCUAAACAAAUCAUAAUACUGUAUAUUUAUGCAUAGAUUAAGAAUACUGUCAUUUAGUUUUAAAAUAUUAUAAUGUUUCGAUUGCAAUCUUUAUAUUUGUGUAAAAGCCUUAAGUUUGGAAAUGAAGUGAGUAAUUUUCUUUAACUUAAACUCAGUUAUAAUGUGGUUUUAAUACAAUUUACAAUUAUAAUUACAAUUACAAAGUUAUAAUUAGUAUACUAUAGUUAGUAUAGUAUAGUUUAAGUUUAAGCAUAGUAUAGUUAUCGUAUGCCGUAUAACCGUAUAGUUUAUUUUAAGUUUAUUAUAUUUAAUUUAAUAAUUUACAAUUUAGCUUUAUUUGGCUUUAAAUAAAUACUUUAUUUUUUUAAUAAUAGUAAGACUAGUUGUAAUAAGUAGUAGUCGUAGUAUUACUAAUUAAGUAUUAAGUAUGCUGUGCACUGACUAUAUACUAUAUUUACUUAGUAUACUAUAUAUACUUAGUAUACUAUAUAUACUUAGUAUACUAAUAUAAUAAUACCAAGUCACUGGACUCACUGGUUAAAAUGUAUACUUAUUACUUAUUAAUUAGUAACAUUAAUAUUACAAUUACUGAAUAAAUGAAUUACUCACAAUCACAAGUUAGUUUACAUUAGCCUUGUUUACAUUAUUCCUUACGAUUUGUGAGCCUACACCUUAACAAAUUCAAAUACUUAAAUGCUGCUUAGGCCUCCUCCUUUUUGUCUAUUUAUUAUAUAUUAUAAUAUAUUAUAAUGUAUUAUUUAUUUAGACUCAACUUUUCUUCUCAUGACCUGACAGUGACUGACAGACACAAUUUUAAUGACAGCUGUGGCUGUAGUGACCAAUUAGUCAAUUAUUAGGCAUCUCUUUUUGUAAUAGUAAAUAGGCUUACUUGAGGAAUAGUUAUUAAAAACUAAACAUUAAGUUGUGAGUCAGAGGCAUUGUGAUUUAGUUUGAAUGAGCCAUGUUAUUGUGUGCAAUUUGUGGCUAACCAGGAGUCUAACUAAUUACAUUUGAAGGUCUUAUGAUGUGAUGUAAACUUAAUAACAGCCUUAACAAAUAUUUUUUAUCUAUAAGUUACAAAAGUUCAUAAGUAAAUAGAUUACAGUAACUUGAACCCAGUAAAGUGGAAUUAACUAAAGACAGCUCAUUCUAUUCCCUAAAGGCCUAUAUAUCUUGAUAUCUAUAAUGAAUUAAUGAAUGGUGGGGAUAAAUUUAAAAGAUAGUUCAUUCAUUUACACCAGCCUGCAAACUUAAUGUCAAGUAAUUUCAUGGAUCCCAUCUCACCCCUACUGGAUUGGACAGAGGGCUUUCAAACUUACAAUAACUUAAUAAAAAAAAGAUGGAUAAUAAUAUUGUUAUAAAUUAUAAGUAUAAAGAGCUUAAAUUAUGUUAAUAAAAAAAUUUUUUUAAUCCUUUUAACGCUCUGCUGUUCUCCUUCCUUUAGUUAUUGCGAUGUGCCAUAUCAGUUAAAGAAAUUCCUGUGAGGCAUUUUAGCAGCACUAAGUGCCAAGGUAUCCUCAGCCUCAGACAGACUAAGCUUUUCCAACCUCGCAAUGAAAAAGAUAAAGUGCCACAAGACUUCGUUCUUAUUUACGAGAACAGUUUGAAAAAUGUUAUUGAUCCAUGCAGAGCAGUAUCGACUUCAAUGUGCUUUGUGACAUUUGGUGUAGCCUCCAUUUAUAUGUUGACAAACCAAGAAAACCUACAGCCGUGGGAGAUCUAUACCAUCUCAGGCAUGUGCUUGUUUCCUUUGAUUAUACUAUUUUUUGUAAAUAUAAUUUCUCGUUACUACCUGCUAAGGAUUUAUUCAAAUAAGGACAUGACCAAAUUUAUCGGCAUCUAUCGCAGCCUUAUGGGAUUGAUUAGACAAAUCCAGUAUUCACCUUCUGAUUUGAAACCGAUUCAGUCAACUAAUAAAAACAUUUCUACAUAUAUUAAAAGUAAUGUUCUGAUAAAAGGAAGGCGUCUUCACUUGCGAGCUACUGAUUUUGUGAUGCCAAAGUAUUAUAAUUUACACACUGGCUUUGAUCAAGUUUUAAAAAAAAAAAAAAACAAUGAUUGA